ACAAAGUGAAUUUUUAUUCUCUCAGUAUCGUAUCAUCUCUCAUCCAUCAGUGUGCAAGAUGCGGUCCCUUGCUAUUCUCGCUACCCUCCUGGCAGGUCAUGCAUUUGCAUACCCAAAACCAGUCCUUGAGUCUCCCGCUCGACGAGACUGGCCCACCAUCAACGAGUUCCUCACUGAGCUGGCAGAGAUUAUGCCUAUUGGGGAUACCGUCUCAGCUGCCUGUGACCUUAUCGGCGAUGCCGAAGACGUUGCUGCCGACCUCUUUGGCAUCUCCAAUACAGAGAAUGAUGCCUGUGGCGAUGUGACCGUCUUAUUUGCUCGCGGUACUUGCGAUCCUGGAAACGUUGGAGUCCUCGUUGGGCCUUUCUUCUUUAGAUCGCUUCAGACUGCACUCGGAAGCAAGACAGUUGGCGUCAAAGGAGUUCCGUAUCCUGCAAGCGUCCAAGGCUUCUUGUCUGGAUCAGUGCAACCAGGCAUUGACAUGGCCAACCAGAUCAAAUCUGUCCUCAGCAGCUGCCCCAACACAAAGCUCGUGCUUGGUGGCUACUCUCAAGGCAGCAUGGUCGUGCACAACGCAGCAACCCAUCUUGAUGCGGCGACAAUGUCCAAAAUCAGCGCCGUGGUUCUCUUUGGUGACCCAUAUGACGGCAGACCUGUGGCCAACUAUGACGCUUCAAAGGUUUUGGUUGUCUGCCAUGAUGGCGACAACAUUUGCCAGGGUGGAGAUUUCAUUCUGCUGCCGCAUUUGACGUAUGCCGAAGACGCAGAUACAGCAGCUGCUUUUGUAAAGCCACUUGUUUCUUAAAGUAUUCUUCCUGUAUGACACGUUUAUGAACACGACGCUAGGGACUGGAGGGUGUUAGUAUGGAAAAGGGAACCCUAAAAGUCAUCAAACGGUGUACAUGUAUAUAGCCGACCGCCUGAUGAUACUGUAUAUAAGCUAGCGUUUUGAGAUUUAUAGCCACUGUUGGAUGGAAAUAUUGACAACUGUUUCAU